UGUGCAGCUGCUGCUGGAACCUCCUGUUAUGAGGAUACAAAUAUCCAUGCCACCACCACCAGUCUUCAGACAACCGCAAGAACAGUAUGCUCCUAAGCAUGAGCAUGGUUGGAUGGCUUCAGUUGAGGACCUGGGAGUGAUGCCACCACCAAUGCAAUAUGACCCCUGGCAAGAUUCCUGGCCAGAGGAAUAUCCUCCCUUUGGCUUUGAGGGGGAGCCAAGACGCCCACAAAGGGUCCAUGUAUUUACCCCCCCCACAACACAAUCUCAUGGCAGUCAUGGAUUUUACCCACAGACUAUGUCACAAGAAGUGCCAAUUGGACAGGCUGAGUGGUCACACACUGGUCAUCAGUGGGACUAUCAAUCAACCAUGAGAGCUCCACCUUCCUCAUCACUUGAACGAGCUCCACCAUCCUCAUCACUUGGAUGAGCUCCACCAUCUGCAGAUGGAAAUAUAGCAGAAACUACAGCUGCACCUCAAGCACCAUCAGAUGCAGCUGAACCUGCCCCAAAAUAACCAUUGGUUGGAGCUGAACCUGCCCCACAAAAACCAGCAGAUGUAGCUGAACCUGCCCCACAAGAACCAGCAAAUGUAGCUGACCUUGCACCUCAAGCACCAGGAGAUGCAGGUGACCCUGCCCCACAAGCAACUAGAAGCCCUGCUGCUCAAGAGCCUGUGGAUGCAUUGUAUUCUCCCCUGGGUGAGGAAUACAUUGCACUCAAGAGGAGGCUCAUAAGAAGCACCGAGAGCAUACAAAGAGGCUAAGAGAGGUUCUUCAGGAACCAAGAAAGGUUCACCAGGAGCCAAGAGAGGAUACAACAACGUAGCAUAGAGCUACAGAGGGACAUGGCAGCAUCAUUAAGUGCAAGUGUUCAAAACCAGUCACAGAUAAUGGGAAUUCUGUCUGAUACACAGAUGCAAAUGGACAGUAGAUGGAGAGAACAAAAUCAACUCUUGGGUGUGUUGGUUGAGCACUUUACACACCAGCUGGACACUGCCUCCAGCAUAUCAUCUGUGGCCAGCACACCAGCAGAAACACCAGAAUCUUCUAAAACCAGGAGAACAAGGAAAUCCACUACAGUCACCUCCGCUCCCUCAUCCAAGAAGCCAAAAAAAAUAAAAUAUUCUUAUAGCUCACCAUAAA